AACUGGUUCGUUGGCAGUUGUUGUAUAUACGAAUUCCAAGUCGAGCAAUAUGGCGUUGUCUUCGCGUCUGGUCACAUUGCUGGCAUAAGUUUUUUUCGCACAGCUCAUAAUUGUGAAAAUCCACGUUUUGGCCUAAAAUGACCACGAUUGCGGAUUUAUUCACAAAGUAUAAUUGCACAAAUUGCCAGGAUGAUAUUCAGGGCAUUCGAGUGCACUGCGCGGAGUGCGAAAGCUUCGAUUUAUGUCUGCAAUGCUUUGCCGCAGGUGCGGAGAUCGGAGCCCAUCUAAAUAACCAUGCGUACCAGUUCAUGGACACUGGCACCUCCAUAUUGAGUGUAUUUCGGGGGAAGGGGGCGUGGACGGCACGAGAGGAGAUCCGCCUGUUGGAUGCCAUUGAACAGUACGGCUUCGGAAACUGGGAGGACAUCAGCAAGCACAUCGAAACAAAGUCGGCGGAGGACGCCAAGGAGGAGUAUGUGAAUAAGUUCGUAAAUGGCACUAUUGGGAGGGCCACUUGGACGCCGGCCCAGAGCCAGAGACCCCGCCUUAUAGAUCACACAGGAGACGACGACGCUGGUCCUCUGGGCACCAAUGCAUUGUCCACCUUGCCUCCCUUGGAUAUCAACUCCGAUGAGGCCAUGCAGCUGGGCUACAUGCCCAACAGGGACAGCUUUGAACGGGAGUACGAUCCCACGGCAGAGCAACUGAUCUCUAACAUCUCGUUAAGCUCCGAGGAUACGGAGGUGGAUGUGAUGCUUAAGCUAGCCCACGUGGACAUCUACACCCGCCGACUCAGGGAGCGAGCUCGCAGGAAACGGAUGGUCAGGGACUAUCAGUUGGUAUCAAAUUUCUUCCGCAACAGAAAUUAUGCUCUGCAACAAGGUCUCACCAAGGAGCAGCGCGAGUUCCGGGAUAGAUUUCGUGUCUACGCCCAGUUCUACACUUGUAACGAGUAUGAGCGGCUGUUGGGAUCACUGGAGCGUGAAAAGGAACUGCGAAUUCGACAGUCAGAGCUGUACCGAUACCGGUAUAAUGGCCUGACCAAAAUUGCGGAAUGCACCCACUUUGAGCAGCAUGCCGCAACAGCGACGCACCGAACUGCUGGACCUUAUGGCCACGGGAAGACCCUCCACUGCAUAAUAAACGCGCCAAACAACGAGCGUUCGAAUGGUUCUAUAAGACAAUGUUUAACCACAGGACCACACGCAACCAUCCAAUGGAAGUCAUCGGCCGCCAAGCUCUUCCUUGCACUCCCCACAACCGAAUCUCAGAAAGGUCGAAAUGUCAAGCGGCGCCGAGGUAAGUUCAAAUUCAAUCGCACCAAGAAACACGCUCCACAUCGUCGACCCGACCUGCUCCGGCGCAUUAUUGCCCAGCAAAAACUACUUGGAUAGCUGUCGGGGAUCGUCGGCAGCUACGAUGCUGCAGACGACGGGAAUGGGAACGGGAAUGGGGAUAACAGUGGACUCGGGAGCGACGACGGGAGUGACUUCCACGGCUACGACGAUGGCGAAUCUGCCCACGAACUCGGCGAAGGGAAGCCAACAACAUCUGCAGCCGCUGCAGCAGCAUCAUCAGCUUCUGCAAAGCGGCAACCAGCACAAAAUGCCAAACGAGGCCGUCGGCGGAGGCAGUGAGCAGGUGCCCAGCAUGAGCCUAAGAUUGCGCACCCAGCUGAAGGAACUGAAGCAUCUGCCCCAGCCGCUGGGCAGUGAACUGCUCAGUCACAACGAGCUUGAUCUGUGCAAGAAGCAUAAUAUUACGCCCACCACCUACCUCUCGGUUAAGACUGUCUGCUUGAGCGGAGCACCAUCGCUGGGCAGUCCUAUGGAGACUUCGCUGCGCAAGUUCUUUAUCAAGUGCGGCUGGCUGAGCCACUGAACACAUCUUUCAACUUCCCGCGCCCCUUCGAAUAAGAUCUACACGCAUUUAUAAGGACUUCACUUUAUUUUAUUAGUUAGAAUAGGUUAAAGACAUUUUUAUACUGUUCAACUAUCGUUGCCAUUUUCAUCGAGGUUAAAACUAAAAAAACUGAAAAUCAAUUUACUUGUAUCAAGUCAAGCUCAAUUACAUAAAGUUUUGUUCCUUUGAGUGAGAAGUCGGGAUUCAGAUAUUCUGUAUUUACUAAGCUUAAGUAGGUGACCCAACCAAUUGAAUAUGUAUGAUAUGAAUUGUAAAUGAAGUAAUAAAUGUAAUAGUGAAUGUGCAACGAG